AAACAACAGCGUGACAACCAGGACAGUGGCAGGCGGGUUGCCAAGGUUUCUAUCACUGCGAAGAGGAUGGCUGGGCACCGGGCUCUGCGCUGCUUUGACUGACAUUAAUUGUCAGGGUGUUUUAGACACACUACUAUCAUUUUGUUGAGCGUAUUGCGAGUCUACGGCAGCGACACACUUUCAUAUCCUGGUCGUUUUUUUAUCAACUAACAAAACCCCCGUCAAGGAGGAAACUGUCACCUCUGCCUCGGCUGGAACUGCACCGUCGAAGUGAACUGGACAGGACAAUAACCACAGAGCCGUCUAUCUAUAAUAACAAGGAGCAAACACCCAAAACUACAAACAUUUAAUAGCGACAGGCUAUUAGCUUAGCUGCUAGUUAGCCUCGUUUAGCUUUGAACUUUGUUGGCACGCUUCCGUCAUCAACUUUGUAUAUCAGCCGUGUUUCUACACCGCAGAUGUUUCUGGUCAAAGGUGCAGAUAAGAUGAGAUGACUGUCUGGAUAGCACUGUACAGCAGAUAGCAUGGGAGACAAUGCACUGUGUUUAUGCAAAAGUUAGCUACCUUGGCAAGCCAUGCUAGUUUUUAACGUGACUCACUGGUUGUCAGUGAAUGUCUCGUAUCGUCGGGUGUCGCCCUUCAUUGAAAACCCUGCUGAUGACUAAAGAGAAGACUUUGUGUUGUCCUCUUUUACACUGCUGAACGAGGAAAAAGACUCUUAUUCGACAAGGCUACUCGGAUUAUUUCGGUGAUUAUAUGAUGGGAUCUCUGAAGGCUCUGCAGGAGUGGUGUCGGAUACAAUGUGAAGAUCACAACGAUGUGGUGAUAAAGGACAUGUCCUCAUCCUUUCGGGACGGGUUGGCUUUUUGUGCCAUCAUACAUCGUUACAGACCAGAGUUGAUAGACUUCUGUUCGUUGUCUAAAGAGAAUGUUUACGAGAACAACCGACUGGCGUUUGAAGUGGCUGAGACACAGCUGGGUAUUCCGGCCCUGUUGGAUCCUGAAGACAUGGUGUCCAUGAAGGUUCCUGACCGGCUCAGCAUCAUCACGUACGUCUCCCAGUACUACAACUUCUUCAACAACAAGUCUCAAGCAAACCCUCCUUGCAUGAAAAGGCUGAGUUCAGGUGGUCAAAUUGAGCCAGUGCAGAAAAAGCCUCCAACUGUCUUGGAAGACACAGCUGUUGAGUCUGAGCCGAGCGGGCCUGCGCAGACAGGAGUGGGAGUGUUUUCAGGAGUCAAUCGCAGCACACUCAGCAGCACCUGCGCCGCCUGCCAGAAACACGUCCACCUGGUGCAGAGAUUUCUGGUCGACGGCAAGCUCUACCAUCGCAACUGCUUCAGGUGCACAGAGUGUCACAGCACUUUGCUUCCUGGAUCCUACAAAUUAGGAAACAUCUCUGGGGCCUUGGUCUGCACACAUCACCUUGCAAGGAAAACUUUAGCCAAUCAGAAUGGCCGGCCUGAUCUUAGCAAGAAACCAGUAGUGGUCCAGUCUGCCAGGGUUGGCCGCAGUACAGUUCCUCACACAUCGCCUUGUGACAGGGACCGGGCAAAGACUCCUUCUCCAGCAAGGCAAGAAAAUGAUACUGACGCACCUCAACAUGACUCUGUCACAGUUUCUGCUGCUACAACGGAUAAAUCAGCCUCUUUGGAAAUUACAAAAGAGAUAGAGGAUGUUGGAGAGACCGAGAAGAUGCCACGCUCUUCUUCUCCUCCCAACCCGUUCGAUGAGAGUGAUGAUGAGGAGAGAGAAGAGGAGAAAGAGGAAGAUACCACAACACCAGCAAAAUUAACAACUAAUGGGGACCUCCCUUCUACACCCAUCAGUCAUCAUGAGGGUGCCAGUCGGCCUGUGCCAGCACCCCGCAGGGUCUCUGAACCCACCCCUCCUCCUCGCCCUGCCCCGCGGGUUCGCCUGCCCCGGACAGGGGAUGGUCUUACAGUUGGGGAAAACCAGAAGCCUCCUACUCCUCCCAAACCUCGAGAAAGAUCUCAGUCUCCUGGAAGCCUGUCCAGUGGCACCCAUAAACCCAAAGACCCACCUUGGCUUGCCCUGGUCAAAUCAGAAACCCGGAAGAAGAAAGCCCCUGUCCCUCCCCAUGCUGGACUGGCAACCCCUCCCAAUACAGGCUCUAUGUCCUCUCUUAAAGGAGAGGGUUCCAGACCAAGCACACCCCCUCCGCCCUCCAAUCCCUUUGAGGAUGAUGACGAUGAAAAUAACGAGGAAGAGGAAGAAGAGGGGCCUGAAGGAGGGGCAGUACCAGCCACUGUUGUGGCUAGUCACCCAUGGUACAGCAUCACCCAGGCAGCCGAUGCAGGAGAUGCUGAAACUCCUCCGAGUGGAGGGAGCUCAUCUCGCUCUGCCAGUCCUGGGAGCAGCAAGAGCAAGAAACGACUGGCACCUCGAGCUCCACGACCACCUGCAGGUAACCAGGCUCUCAGCACAGAGAGCCUGUCCUCUGGCUCCGACCACAGCUCCUCUCACCCCCCGUCAGGCGGCAGUGCCAGCAGCGACCAGUUACACUCCUUCACCAAAAGUGUCUCAGAGCCCUCCAUCUGUUCACCAUGUGAACCUACAGCCCCUUCUUUCUUCUCUUCAAAUGAGCUUCUGCCUCACCCCUCCACAAGUCCCUACCCCUCUCCCAUGCCAUCAAAUGCCAGCUCAGCCCCAGCCACCCCACAGACCAGUCGUAGCACGGGGACCAAAGGGACCGGACCCCCUCCACGACCCCCCACAACCCCAAGUCCUUUGGCCUCAGGAGGCAGCCAGUCACACAACAAGCGGAUCUGCAAGGAGAAUCCGUUUAACAGGAAAGCUUCUCCUUCCCCUGCUAAAUCCAAAUCAAAACCACCAAAAGGCCCUCGACCUGCAAGACCCCCGGCACCAGGCCACGGCUUCCCUCUCAUCAAACGCAAGGUGCAGUCAGAUCAGUACAUCCCAGUAGAGGACAUCCACGGGGAGAUGAGUCAGCUGGAGAAGCAGCUGGAUGAACUGGAGAAGAAGGGAGUGGAGCUGGAAAAGAAGCUGAGAGACAACCCGAAUGAUGAGGACGAGGAGCACCUGUUGGUGGACUGGUUUACACUCAUCCACGAGAAACACCUUUUAGUGCGACGAGAAGCUGAGCUGGUCUACACAGCAAAGCAGCAGAACCUGGAAGAGAGGCAAGCAGACGUGGAGUAUGAGCUGAGGUGUCUUCUAAAUAAACCAGAGAAAGACUGGUCGGAGGAGGACAAGAGUCGGGAACAGGAGCUAAUGGCUGAGCUUGUAACCAUCAUUGAACAACGAAACCAAAUCGUCAACAACAUGGACCAGGACAGACAGAGGGAUGAAGAGGAGGAUAAACUUAUGGAGGCCAUGCUGAAGAAAAAAGACUUCCAUAAGGACCCUGAGGCUGAGCCGCAGAAGAAAAAGAGUGCAAAGUUCAAACCUAUCAAGGUGCUCAAGAGGCUGAGCCAUAAAGGAGAGCCGGGCAAGAGCCACAGCCCCCGUAAAGAGAAAUCUCCAUAGAAAAGGACAAGUUCUCCUCCAAGAGGAUAUGACCGUUUUUGUUUUUUUUAAGCAGACUGACAACAAUAAAGGAUGUGAGGAAAGAAAGACAUCAGGUCAGGAAGAUGAGGUCUCCUUUCAUUUUAACUGUCACAUUCAUGACUUGAAGUGCAACCAACAGUCCACUAUCUGACUAAUUUUAAAGACCAUUUUCAAUUGCCUACCUUCAAGAGCUGACAUGUUUGUUUAUUGGCCUUUUUAAAGAAGCAAAGUACAGAGUAUUUAAUGCUCUGAUUUGGUGCUUUACUAUCAUCGUGUUGCACAGCAUCUCUGCCCUGCAGAUCUUUCAUUAAAGCUUAGCAAAAGUGAAGUAAGCUGGUUGAAAAUUCUUCCCUGAUAUCUUUUUAAUAUUUCAUGUUUUUACUCGGCUUCUGACUUACACUCCUUGAAUAUCUAUCUCCUCGUUGAUUCCAAAGGUCAUUAGAUAGAUAUCUUACAAGGUUCCAUGUCAUGUCUAAUUUAAUACUGUGGUACUGAAAAGUCAAGUUGUUGUUUUUUAUAAGUGAACUCUGCUUUAAACCUUGCAACAUCUACCCUUGAAAAACACUCGACAAUUGAUACCUAAGCUCUUCUAGCUGCUACGUAAUGAUUGUUAGUGUUUUUUGUUUUUUUGUUGAUAGUUGUGCUGAAACUGUCACUUGAAAAGUGUCACUUGUGUGAAUGCAUAUCAUCUUAGACUUGGUUGGAUGAAGAUACAGUAUUUAUGUGCGUAUGUGCGUUUAAAUGAGAAAAAAAAAAGACUCAAAUCAGAUUGUUAAGAGGAGGUGAGGUCUGGAGGAGAAGCAUUGAAGAAAGUAUUAAACUGUCUGUUAGAGAGUUCAUGAAAUCUAAAAAGGUCAAACAUGCAUUCAUUAAGUUACAAAAGGCAAACGUACAGUAUCUUAACAGCUGCAGCACAACAAAAGUUUUAACAAUUGUUGAAAACAUAUAUGCAAUCAUUAAUUUAUAUUUCACUCUGCCUUUCUGUUUGUUUUUUGCCUUAUAGGUGGAUUUAAAUAAAAAAAUAAGUCAAUUUUGACCGUACAAGUGCCAUGUAUUUAACUGCAUAUCUAGUUGAGCAUCAUUUGUUUGAGCUAAUAUAAAUGUCGACAUGUUUACUCAUUCUGUUCCUGAUGUAUCUUUAACAUUGUCUUUGUAUUUCUGCCGUGUUUCUCCUUCGUGCCUCUGUAGGCUUCUGUAGCGCAACAUUUCUGUCAGCUAACCUUUGUCCUACAACAGCAGCAGCUUUAUAAAGACACUGGAAGGCAGAGGAAUAAAAUAACUUCAUGCAA